AUGUCAAACACUAAUUUGAAUGAUUUUAUUUUUGAAAGAAUUUCUUCGCAAUUGAGUCAGCAUGAAGUUUUGAAAUUAUGUUACAUGGAUAAAGAUGACAAUUGUCUUUGUAAAAUUGAAUUGUAUAAUUCGGAGAAGAGAAGCUCAAGAGCCUCUUCGAAUUGCUCAACACCUGAAACAAAUUCAGAAUUAACUGUUGGAGAGAUAGAUGAUGAUUUGAAAUCAUUGUCAAACUUUUUUGGGAAGAACAAUACAGCAAAUUCUUUGAAAAAUAUACUAAAAAGUGACAGCAAAAAAGAGUUGCACGUACACGUUUCUGGUUUAAGCAUUAAAAUCGAAGAUGACAUUAACUUAGAUGAAGAGAGUUCAAUCAAAGGGAAGGCAGAAGACGGACAAGUAGAAAAAUCGAAAGAGUCAUCAUCAUCAUCAGCACAAGAAUCGGAAGCUCAGUCACAACCACAAGCUCAAUCACAACCACAACCACAAUUGCAAUCACAACCACAAUCACAAUCACAACCACAAUCGCAACAACAACCCCAAAUUAAAACCCAACCUCCAACUCAAACUCAACAAGCUGCUCAAAAUCGACCAAAUAAUACAACAAAUAUAACAGGUGUUGCACUUUAUAAUCAUAUAAUGAUCAAGCCAGGCGAUUUACAUUUCUUUGCAGGUGAUAAAAUUACCGACAUUUUGCAUUACGAGAGUGCCAGAUGUUACGGAAAAAAUCAAGUUACUGGUUGUGUUGGUUCUUUCCCACACCAUUACGUUAAAAUUAAUAAAUAG